UGACCUGCGCGCAAACGAGGAGCGCAUCAGGACAGCUGCUGCGGGAGCUGGAGCUGCUGCAGAAGAGGCUGGCGGCGAAGGAGCCUCCGGGCCGCAUCAACGCCCAGGAGGAGUACGAGGCGCUGAAGAGCUUCGUGGACGGCUCCCUCAAGCCGCAGAUCUCGCGGCUGACGCGGAUGAACGGGGAGAAGGACCUUGACCUGCGCGCAAACGAGGAGCGCAUCAGGAAAUUGUUGAAUGAAUGUGGGGAAAGGCGUGGAGUUGGUGCCCGCAGGAAGAACUAUGUGUCUACUGUGAAGGGAGGGGAGGACGAUCGUGAGCUUUUAUUAGAUGCCUUGCUGGAUGCGGAGGAGAGUGCGCGUAUACGGGAGUCUGACCUUUUGACGUUUGUGGAUUCUUUACAGAAUGCGGCCGAUCGAUACGUUGUGGAGAAGGAGGAGCUUGUUGCUCUGCUUGAGAGUGUGCGGAGUGAUCUUCGAAGUGCCUUGAAUGAACGUGAUAAGGCGAUGUCUGAUGUAUCAUUUUUGCAAGAGGAGUGUGUUAACUUGCGAGAUCAGCUGCUUGGGAAGCUUCUUCCUCAGUUUCCCGUUGGUGAGCGGAAGUUGCUGGAGGCGUACCUUGAAGAGGUGCAGCGCAGGCGGGCGGCGGAGAAUGAGCUGUAUCGUGGCCUUUCCCUUCGGGGAACGUCAUUGCGGUGA